AACUUGUCAACUACGGUCACGGACGCUGUCGUGAACUUUACCGGUGUUCAACGAGACCCCACAUCGUUAGCAGUAUGGGGAGUGUGUUGGCAGCCGCCUCCCCCAGUCCAGCCCCAGCUGCAGCUGGAGGUAGUCCAGGGGUCCCAGGACUGGUGUCGGUCCCUCCAGGGUUCACCAUGCCCUCCGUGUCUUCCGUCCCUCCAAAACCUGGAUCGGACCAGCAAACAUCAGAUGCAGAUUCCUCACUUCCGAACCCAGGGACAUAUGAGGAGUGCCACCGCAAAUGUAAAGAGGUGUUCCCUCUGCAGAUGGAAGGGGUGAGGCUAUUGGUCAACAAGGGCCUCAGUAACCACUUCCAAGUCAGCCAUACCAUCACCCUCAGUACCCAGGGUGAAUCUGGUUAUCGAUUUGGUUCCACAUACGUUGGCAGCAAACAGACUGGACCAGCAGAGUCUUUCCCAGUCAUGGUCGGAGACAUGGACAACACUGGCAGUCUCAAUGCCCAGGUCAUCCACCAGCUCACGAGUGCUGUGCGCUCCAAAAUAGCAAUCCAGACUCAGCAGCACAAGUUUGUUAACUGGCAGUGUGACAUGGAAUAUCGUGGUGCAGACUUCACCUCCACUGUGACGCUCGGAAAUCCAGACGUACUGGUUGGAUCUGGCAUUCUGGUGACCCACUAUCUCCAGUCUAUCACACCAGCGCUGGCUCUGGGUGGUGAACUCGUCUAUCACAGGAGACCAGGGGAAGAAGGAACUGUCACCUCCCUUCUGGGCAGAUACACGGGUGACAACUUUGUUGCAACAUUGACAUUAGGAGGUGCAGGAGCUCACGCGACAUACUAUCACAAAGCCAACGAUCAGCUGCAGGUAGGAGUUGAAUUUGAAGCCAACACAAGGAUGCAAGACACCACGACAUCCUUCGGCUAUCAGCUGGACCUUCCAAAAGCUAACCUGCUCUUUAAAGGUACGGUUGACAGUAAUUGGGUGGUAGGUGCGACCCUUGAAAAGAAACUGUUGCCAUUGCCACUCACACUGGCCCUCGGCGCGUUCCUUAACCACCGCAAGAACAAGUUCCAGUGUGGUUUUGGUGUCACCAUCGGCUAGAGGACGCAGGGGUCUGUGUGGAGUGCAUCACUGGCCACAGCUCGGACCGGCACAGAAAAUCCCCGGACUGCGUUUUACAAAUUGGAUUCACAGACUCUCUUUCUUUGAGACAGACAAGAGAGACAAAGACAAACUUCCAGAGGAGCCAGAACUGGCCAAAGCCAUGUCUACAUACUGUAGCACAAUUGUCUUUUCCUUCAUGGCGUGUUGGAUUUUACCCAGAGGCUAGAGAGAUGUACAUCUGUGGACAUCAGGUGAUGCAUGAGAAACAUGUGAUGUGGAAAUCAAAAGUGGUUAGUUAUAAUAUAUGGUGAUCAUGUAUGAUGAUUGAAAUAAAUGUGAUGACUUUUUGUAAAA